AAAAUGGGGUUAGCAUCGUCAAAAAUCUUAGAUGAACUUAUGGAAGGAACCAAUUUCGAUAGAGAUGAGAUUGAUAGAUUGAGAAAGAGGUUUAUGAAAUUAGAUAAAGACGGUAGUGGAACCAUCGACAAGAAUGAAUUUUUAAGUAUUCCAGGGAUAUCAUCUAAUCCGCUAGCAACAAGAUUAAUGGAUGUUUUCGAUGAAGACGGUAGUGGAACCAUUGAUUUCCAAGAGUUUAUUACUGGGUUAUCGGCUUUCAGCGGGAAAACUUCCAAGAUUGAUAAAUUAAGAUUUGCAUUCAAAAUUUAUGAUAUCGAUAGAGAUGGUUACAUAGGAAACGGGGAACUCUUCAUCGUUAUGAAAAUGAUGGUUGGUAAGAACUUACAGGAUGAAGAAUUACAACAGAUUGUCGAUAAGACCAUGAUGGAAGCAGAUCAAGACGGUGACGGGAAACUAAGUUUUGAUGAGUUUAAGAAUGUAGUUGACUCCAAAUCUGUUGCCAGUGCUUUAACUUUGAAUAUGUUUUAAUCUCUAACCAUCAACAUGGUCACUUAAUUACUUUAUUGGGCUCAUGACUCGUUUUAAAUGCUUGAUUUUCCCUUUCUGCUUCACUUCACUAUGUAUUUCCUUUUAUUUCAUUGUUUCUAUUCUACUUAUUUAUUUCACAUUAGUCUACUUUGAUUUCUAUUCUAGUGCACUUAUAUAUACUUGUACCCGU